AUGAUUCCUCGACCAUGUACGGCCGUCAAACCGAUGAAUCUAACGUAUGAAAACAGGCCGCUUAGAGUGCUGUUCCCAAACCGCUUCCCAUACAUACGUUUCGGUUGCAUUGAUGGUGCAAACAAAGUGCGUUACGGGUGUACAUACCAAGGAUUGAUGGUUGAAGUAAGUUGUAAAAGGAUGUUUCCAUUAUUGCAAUUUUAAUCAUAUACAGCGAUAACCGGUAACGUAACGACUGCUUUAGAUAUUCACCUUGCUCGCCAAAAGACUUGGCUACAGACUACAAAUCACGAUAAACAAUGACCUGAUUUGGAAUGGAAAUUUAAGUACGAUACUUGAGGAGAGCGACGUCGAUGCUCUUGGGAUUCCGUUGCCAACAACUAAGCAUCCCGAAAUGUAUGCUGACUUAACACUUCCAAUCUACAAGGUAAAGGCUUUGAGGAACCGCCGUACAGCUUUAAACUAUCAUCUUUAGGCAGAAGAGAACAUUCUCAUCUACCUCCCCGGACACAUGGACGACAGCUGGUGGAAUAUGUUCAGUGUUUUCGAUCGAACAGUUUGGAUUCUUCUGCUGGUAAUGUUCACAAUUAAAUGCGUUUUUUGUUGCCUUGUGAACCGAGCCGAAGUCCGGUUGAAAACGAAGAAAUCGUUGUCAGGCUUAGAGGUGGGUACCAGACCCGGCUAUCACAAUGUAUAUUUUCUAAUCAGGUCGUUUGGGAGCUCAUCCAACUGCAGCUUUUCCAAUCUCCCUCAACAAACUUCACCUUUGUCUCCGCAAGAGUGCCGCUCACGCUGUUUUCGUUGUUGCAGACAACUCUUCUGCUCGGCAUUCUGACGUCCUGGUUUUUAUCGUCGCUUUUACGCGUGCCGAACCGCGCCGCUUUCCUCAAAAGUGACUACAUCUUUCGUGAGAUUACUCGGGGAAGAAGGGAACUGAUAAGUCAAGGACCAACUUCCUGGAUUUACACCAAUACUGGCCAAGAAUACAUCCGAUUGACCGGCGCUUUGAACGGAACGUCCAUUAGGAAGGUCCCGCCUGAAGGUAACACAGGAACGGAGCUGGCAGCACAACCGUUAAGUUGCCAAUUUCAGAAAUCUUGAAAAAGGUUCGUGAAGAAGGCGCCUUACUCUUCACCGAAACAGACACUCGGGGUUAUUAUGAAGCCAGAAAGUAUUGCGACAUAUUCCCCAGCACCUUUAUGCUGCCUCCGAUCGAAAAGAGCAUCAUGCUGAGGAAGGACAGCCCGUUGACGGCUAAAUUCAAUAAAUUAAUAAGCGAAGACUACCGACGAUUCAACGGAUAUUAUCGCAAAUAUUCGAAUAUGAAUCAAAACACGCGUUGCAACCAGUUUAAAAUUGGGCAACCGCUGGGUAAGAGAACCUCUGUUUUUAAUACUCAAAAAUUUAUUAGAACUCCAGGUCUUUCUUGGCCUUUUCAUGAUCUGCGCCUCUCUCAGCGUCGGUGCAUGUUGUGUUUUUGUCGUCGAGAUGAUUGUAAAAAAGCGUAUGGUUAAAUGAAUUGUGCUCGACAAUUUCUCGUGUCUUAACGUCAGCCGAAACAAGAAAAAAAUGAAUGGAAAAUGGACGAAAACAAUCGGUAAAUGUGCAUAUGAUAAUUACUUGCGUCUUUCAACCAUGCCUUCUUAUGAGCGCUAAAAAUCCCUGAAGAGUUGCGUCGUCAUUGUUGAAUUAUUUGUGAAUAAAACCAUUUUCAAACAACAAAAAAUAAUUCGUGAAGAUUUGUCGUUUCUUUGGUAUCUUCAAUCUUCAAACAUUCUCAAAAAACACCUGUUUCCCAACCAAAAAUAUUUGUUAUUUUUCCGUGAUUCCUGGUAUGUGUUAUGUAUCUUUGUGUAUGCUUUCGAAGGCGUCUGCAGAAAAGUGCGGAAGUCAGUGAAGGUCGCUGAAACCCAAUCCUUGCUGCAUUAAUUCAUGCCAAUUGGUUCAGUGUAUGAAUACAACGUUCCUUUCGAAACAGCUGCGGGUUUUGUUUCCCAAUCACUUUCCCUACGUAAACUCUGAGUGCAUAAAUUCGAAUGGCAGGGUGCGAUACGGAUGUGCGUAUCCCGGUUUGAUGGUGGAUGUAAGCCCGUGUUUCAUGAUUUUUGAACAUUCAAAAGAGGUUUCCGUUUUGCUAUUACAGCAUUUGUCUUGAUGAUUUAGAUCCUAAAUUUUAUCGCCAAAAGAAUGGGUUAUACCUUAUAUGCCAAGUUGGACAACGACCAGAUUUGGAGGGGAAACGUUAGUGCCCUGUGGGAGCUGCCCGAUAUUGAUACAAUUGGAGUUCCACUGCAGAGAAGUAUGGAACGAUUGAAGUAUGUGGACUUCACAAAGUCCAUGUAUGAGGUGAGUUGGGCUUUCCGUAUAUAGCCCAUGCUGGCUGUUAUUGUUAUCGCAGCAGCUAUAAAAUCAAAUAUAUACAUUUCAGGCAGAAGGACGAAUUAUGAUCUACACGGCAGCCGACUUAGAUGACGGCUGGUGGAACAUGUUCAAGGUUUACGAUAAGACAUCCUGGAUUAUGAUGUUGGUGAUGCUAAUUAUUGAAUGCAUCUUUCUAUCGGCUGUUAACCAUUUAGAAGCCCGUGCAUGUUUCAAGAAACACGUUAGAAACGUCGAUGUAUGCAUAGGGAUUUAGCAAACAACGUUGUUGCUGUUCAAAAAAAAAUAUACUCUUUAUCCUCCAGGUAGUAUGGAAUGUGGUAAAAAUACAGUUCUUCCAAUCGGCCUCAAGCAACUUUUAUUUCACCUCAGGCAAGCUGUCGUUGUGGUGGUUUGCUCUACUGCAAUCCACCUUAAUGCUGGGCGUCCUAACGUCGUGGUUUCUGUCAUCGUUGCUCAAGACGCCCACCUAUUCUAAUCUGCUGGCCGAAGAUUACAUCUACAAGGAGAUUGGCACCGGAGAGCGGAAGCUGAUCGCUCAAGGAUCCACCUCGUGGUUUUACACGGAGACUGGGGCCACUUUUUCCAAAUUGGCAAAAGUUCUAAACGGAAGUUUUGCAGAGAGAGUCUUGCCUUCUGGUAAGCCAUCAUUCAUACAUGUAUGUCGUAUUCCAUUACUGCUUUCUUGUAGACAUUAUUCAUCGAAUGCGAAACGAAGGUGCCCUGCUCUUCACCGCGCUGGACAAAGGCAGCUACGCGGAAGUACGGCAAUACUGCGACAUCCAAUCGACAAACAUUGUCUUUCCUCCAAUCGACGCCAAGAUUAUGCUAGCCAAGAACAGCUCACUGCUUCCGUGGUUUAACGACAUUAUUGUGCACAAUCAAAAACGCCUUCAGAAUCUGUAUAGGAAGUACACAACCAUAAAGGUUGAUUCAAUCUGCGAAAAUUUUAAGAUAGGAGACGAGCUGAGUAAGUCAUGUCAACCGUUUGUAACGAAAACUAGCUUUUUCAGAAGUGAAAAGUUUCACUGGCUUGUUCAUAAUUUGUGGGCUUCUUUUGGCUAUUUCAUGCUGUGUAUUUAUUAUUGAGAUGAUGGUGGAUAAAAAUAUAUUGAUAUAG